AUGCGGACAGCGGAAUUUAAAACGCUGUUGCUGAAAGAGUUCCAUAGAGUUUUAAUGAGUGACAGUAAGGUAUUCACCUCGGGAUUGAACUCUCAGAAUCCUUAUGACGUGCAUUACGAAAGAAGAAAAUCGAAGGAACUAACAAAGAAGGAAAUAGAGUGUGCCUUAAAGGAUGUUCCCGUGCAAACUGUUACAGCCGAGGACGAGCCAUUCAAACGUUUAAAUUAUCGUAUUCCAAGGCGACCUCUUCAAGAAGAUCACAAUUUUAAUACAUGCGCUGUUGUUACCAGUGCUGGGGCUCUGCUGGGCUCUCGUUUGGGGGAGUUUAUAGAUUCACACGAUAUGGUUUUAAGAUUUAACAACGCACCCACUGAAAAUUAUACGGAUGACGUGGGAUCUAAAACAACUAUUCGCGUAUUAAAUUCUCAGGUGGUCACAAAGAUAGAAUUUAACUUCUUAGACGAUCCUCUGUACAAAGAUGUUUCGAUACUAAUAUGGGACCCUGCCAAUUAUUCUUCCACUUUAGAGGAAUGGUAUCACCAUCCUGACUUUCCACUUUUUCCUGUUUACAAAAGGUUACUGGAAAUCAGGCCGAAUGCGGAUGUCCACCUGCUACACCCUAACGUAUUAUGGGGGCUGUGGGCGGUACUUCAAGACUCGUCCCCAUACCGUAUCCGGAAGAACCCACCAUCUUCCGGUUUUAUAGGUGUUUGGUUCGCCCUACAGCGGUGCAAACGGGUCCGUGUAUUCGAGUACGUGCCGUCUGUAAGAGCCAGCCGGCGCUGCCACUACCACGCGCUGCACGCCGACACCGCAUGCACCCUGGGCGCAUGGCACCCCCUCGCGCAAGAGAAGGCGCUAGUUGAACGCAUCCGCGAGAACUCAGACUUCGAUGUCUUCCAAAGGGGUUUCGUCGACAUACCCGGACUGGGAAAUGUCGAUUGCCAGGCC